GGACUCCCCAACCAAGAAGCGCGGUUCCUGAAGAAAACCCAGCGGAACACAGCACGGGGGUUGUUAGCUUGAGAGGGAAGGACAACUUUUGUGUGCUUGGACGUCGUUUGGCUGUUGUUUUAAACCAAGUUUGUUUUUUGUGGUAUUGGGUAGUUUUUAGCGUUAACUGUUGAACUACCACGUCGCGUUUCAACCUUAGCCAUAAGAAACAAACGUUGGCUUGCUAGCUACUAUGUCGGGAGGUGUCGUGCGAGGCCCUGCUGGAAAUAACGAUUGCCGAAUCUAUGUCGGAAAUCUACCCCCUGAUAUUCGCACUAAAGAUGUAGAGGACGUGUUCUACAAAUACGGGGCGAUUCGGGAUAUCGAUUUGAAGAAUCGAAGAGGUGGACCUCCUUUUGCUUUUAUCGAAUUUGAGGAUCCAAGGGAUGCAGACGAUGCAGUGUAUGGGCGGGAUGGCUACGACUACGACGGCUACCGUCUGCGUGUUGAGUUCCCACGCAGCGGCAGGGGUUCAGGACGGGGUGGCUUCGGUGGAGGGAUUGGUGCCCCAAGAGGAAGAUACGGCCCCCCAUCCAGACGCUCUGAGUACAGGGUCAUUGUUUCAGGGCUUCCUCAAAGCGGCAGCUGGCAGGAUCUGAAGGACCACAUGCGCGAAGCUGGGGACGUUUGUUACGCGGACGUAUUCCGGGAUGGAACCGGAGUCGUGGAGUUUGUGCGUAAAGAAGACAUGACCUACGCUGUGCGAAAGCUGGAUAACACCAAAUUCCGAUCACAUGAGGGAGAGACAGCGUACAUUCGUGUGAAAGUAGACGGCCCCCGCAGCCCGAGCUACGGAAGAUCACGAUCCAGGAGCCGCAGCAGGAGCAGAAGCCGCAGUCGCAGCGCCGCCAGCCGCAGUCGCAGCACCUCCCGCACCCGUGGCAGAGGGUCUCCCCGCUACUCUCCUCGUCAUAGCCGCUCUCGUUCCCGUUCCUAAACUCUCAACCGUCACCGAUGUGUUGCCGUGUUGGUGAAUUCCUUGUGUACCACCUUUUUUUGUUUUUACCUUUUUUUGUUUUUACCCUCCCGAUAAGUUUCCCCCUCCCUCCCUAUCCAAGCGUCAACUAGAGCUUUUUGUUUUUGCAUUUCAUCUCCCGAUGUCCUCGUGGAUGAUCUGUGUAGGUGUCUUCCCCCCCACCUGUCCUCCUCACACUAUCCCAUUUGGUUUUUAUCCACCCCCGUAAACUCAUUUUAAUUGAUUUUGUGUUUUCUCCUCAAUUUUUGCAACAUUUGAAUAGCACUGUGCUGAACUUCCAAAAGGUUGAGCACCGACUAGUUAAACUUUUGGAAGUGUUGGAAAAAUUGAGAUAUUUUCAUGGGAUGGCUGGGAGGGGCGGGGAUCACAUUGCUUAACUGUAUUUUACCCUUGUGUCUUCCUUUAGACAUCUGAAGAUAAGGAUUAAAGAAUGAUUUGGAAUAAA